GAGACACAGCUGCCUUGGUGACCAUAGGUGAUCAAUUAGCGUCCAUCACUGCGGGAACUAAUUUGGACUGUAGUGCUAUUGCUAACACUGCUUUGUGUGAGAGCAACGCUACCGCCACCCGCUCCAUCGUACACGUUCUGGUGAGAGCGACAGUGAGACGCCACACCACGGUGAGCUAUGUCCGUCUGGAUGGUUCCCACGAGGACGAGAGCGAAGGUGAGGCUGCGUCGCCGCGGACAGCCGCCCCUGAACUUGUCCUCCGCUCAGAAUUGAGCUUUGUGAUGUCAUCCUCGGUUGUCCUCCCCUCCCCGAGUCACAACUAUGGAUAAGAGUAGUCUCCAAUCUGUGAGUAAUGAUGUCAUAUUUGUACACACAAACCCACACACACGCUCACACAAUCAGAUGAAUGCUCACAACGUCUCCCUCCCUCUGGCUUUGAGAACACACCUCGGUGGGAUGUGGAUGGACCCACCCUCUCCCAGAAGAUGCCAGUUGUUUGGUCAAUAGACUCUGCCUCCCUGUCCUCAUUGGCUGUUGGCUUUUGAACUGGAUUGGUGGACUGCUCCUGGGUGUCGGAGAGACUGCCCCCUCUUUUUCCCUUUGGUAAAUCAGUUGAUAUGAAAAGCAAUGCAGUCACCUCUCCCGUGCCCUCAGUCUGCCUGAUAACCUUUCACUGGGCAGCGAGGACAGUGCUAUUUAUUUGCCCUUUGACCUCAUGACAACAUCAGACCCAUCUAGCUCUGCCCCAGGACCAUCCACGUGAUGUCAUGUUUUACUAGAAACUCUUUUAACCGGUCCGAUUGAACAGGAACCACUUCUCCUCCUCCCUGUCGGAGCUUGUCGUGCAUUUGAACAACAAACUGAACUUUGAGAAGAGAAAUAACAAUAAGAACAAAAAAGACAUGUAGCAGGUUUUCUUUGACUGUCUUUUCUUUUCUUUCCUACUCAGACUUCUUUCCCCAUCCCCUCUUUUUUAUUCUAUCAAUAUAUUUCUCUCACUGUGUUAGUGUUUUUAAUAAGGAGCAGGCUGGAUGUGGCUAGUGUUGGAAGUGGGAAUGAUUCAACAGCAGUGCCAAAUUUCCACUCAAGAGCUUUUAAGCAAGAUUGGUUUGUUGAGCAAUUUGUUUUCGUAGUAUGAAGCCCCCAUCUUUCCUUUCCACAUGUGAGCCACACAUAAUUCACCAUCAUGUAAGUGGAUCAAGGGGAUGAUUGGUGCAAUAUCUGUAAUUGGCACUAGAUGGCUGCAUAAUAUUCAAAUAAGCUGUGGAGACAAUUGUGCAUUGCAAAAUCUCUCUUAGGAUAUUAUUGUAUUACACUAUUAUAUUGCAUCUUUGCAGAGUUUGUAGAUGAUGGAUUAUAUGAAGCACAAUUCCUCCUUGUAUUUUUCAGAACAUACGGCCCGAGUUGUAAUUGCACAAUCUGCAGGUAACAUAUUUUUCGUACGUGAAAAGCUAUUUAGUUAAUCUUAACUCAUGUUCCAGAUUAUGUAGACAAUGUAAUUCACUGUAACCAAGGUUCAAGUCACAGUACCACACACAAUUGUGCUGAGGAAACGAUCUGGUACUUUGACUAUUUCCUUUCGGCAAAUAAGACUGAACGAUAUACUGUGAAUGUUUUUACGUUCCAGGUUUUAGGUGCACACACAGUAGCUGAGACUUCACUGAAGGCAGACAGUAAUAACUCCUGUUAUCAAGAUUUUUUCAGACGACUGUUUGACUUUGAGCAAUAUUCCCAUCUUCAAUGUGACAGGGAUGUGAUGGCACUUCUGUUUGCAUCUGAGACAUUGUAACUGUUUGUCCUCUAUUUUAAAAAUGAGAUCAUUUGUUUCAGCCGGAGUCAGAUGCUCAACAUAAUCAUUGUUUUUUUUCCCUACAGCUAGAUAGAUUUCACCUAUUUCAAUCAGAUGUGAUUGUUAUAAUGAGUUAAAGUCUGCAGCACCUGGCUCCGGCUGACCAACGUGCAUGUGAAAAGCUGUGUGUUCGACAGAGUGCGGCGAACUGAAGCACUGAACCUUCUGUGAGCUGUGCCAAAAGCCAUCUACUUUAUAAACGGUGCCAAUGUUGCAAACAUUGCAAUGCACACACACUCUGGACUUUCAUAAGGUCAACAAAUCCACUUCAUCCCUCACACUAAGACCAGCCACAGCCCAGCUCUUCUUAUUGUAGUUGAAUGUAGCUUUGACAUGAUGUAGCAAAAGAACACCCACUUUUAGACUUUGUAGCUUUUUGGAUGCUGUUGAUAAAGGCUCGAAGGAGGGGGGGGUGGGGGCGGGUUGACCUGCGAUGUGAGGGACUGUGCGUUGUGUUUGUGCAUGUUGUCACAGAUCGAAGGGUUAGUCGACCUUCUCAAUUCCCCUUUGGACUCCUUUGCCUUUCAGUGAGAGCAGACUGUAACUUUUAUUACCUGCACAUGCAUUGCUUUUUUCUAGGUCUGUACGGGGCAAUUUUUUAAAAGCAAUCUGUCUUUGUUUUUUGGUUUGUUUGUUUAUUUUGAGAAAUGCUUUUACCGUUACCCAUCUUUUGGAAAACUCCAGCGUCAUUGCAUGUUUUGCUGAAUGAAAUCUCAAAGGUUUGUGGCAGGAGGGUUGUGUAGUUCGACUGUAGCAAAUGCUUAGGACCCAGGGCGGCCACCUCUCAGUGAGGUAGUGCGCUCGCUUGACUCUGCACCCCGACAGUGGAACCCAGGGCAACAGUUCGACUGCUUCACGUGUAGUAGAACACAGUCAUUUUUCGACCAACCAACAGGGCUUAAACCUGGCACCAUGUCUACCCCGGUCUCCCCUUCCCCCUCGCUCUCCCCGUUGACACUGGCCUCCCCUACAUCAGCCGCCUCCCCCGGUGCUUCCCCUUUGCCCUCUCCCCUCUCCCCUCCACCCAGAGUGCCCGUGUUCCAGAGGAAGGGAGCGCUCAAACACAAGAGGAUCGUGGAGGUGAAAGACCACCAGUUCACGGCACGCUUCUUCAAACAGCCCACCUUCUGCAGCCACUGCACCGACUUCAUCUGGGGCAUUGGCAAACAGGGAUUCCAGUGUCAAGUGUGCAGUUUUGUGGUGCACAAGCGAUGCCACGAGUUUGUGACCUUCACGUGUCCGGGCUCCAUCGCGCCCCCCAGACCAGAAGACCUAAAGAGUCAACACACCUUUAAGAUCCAGACCUACUCCAGUCCGACCUUCUGUGACCACUGCGGCUCGCUGCUGUACGGCCUCAUACACCAGGGCAUGAAAUGCACCUGUUGUGACAUGAACGUCCAUCGGCGGUGUGAGACGAGUGUUCCCAGCCUGUGCGGCCAGGACCACACAGAGAAGAGAGGACGAAUCCACCUGACAGUCAGAGGAGAGAAGGAGGACGUCUAUGUCACAGUCCUGGAGGCUCGUAACCUGAUGCCCAUGGAUCCUAAUGGCCUGUCGGACCCCUAUGUUAAACUGAAAUUGAUUCCGGACCCGAGGAGCCACAGCAAACAAAAGACCAAGACCAUUCGCUCCACACUCAAUCCCGUCUGGAAUGAGAGUUUCACUUUCUCAGUGCGUGGUCACCAGUGGGACAGGCGACUGUCUGUGGAGGUCUGGGACUGGGACCGCACGUCCAGGAACGAUUUCAUGGGGGCGCUGUCGUUCGGGGUGAGUGAGAUCUUCAGGCGUCCCAUCAGCGGCUGGUUCAAACUGCUGGCCCAGGAUGAGGGAGAGUACUACAACAUCCCCGUGCCAGACCCAGACCUGCAGGAGCCUCAGCUGGAUGCCUCAACGCCCUCUGUGCCUCAAGCAGUACCUGCCCUGCUGUGUGAACCCUUCCCUACGGCCCUGUCCCCGACGCCUGUCUUGCCCUGUCCACCCGUCCACAGCCCCCUCCCCAGCAUAGUCAAAGUGGGCAUCAACGACUUUAACUUCCUCAUGGUGCUGGGCAAAGGCAGCUUUGGCAAGGUGCUGCUGGCGGAGGAGAGAGGCAGCGAGCGCCUGUUCGCGGUCAAAGUGUUGAAGAAGGACGUUCUCUUCCAGGACGAGGACACGGAGAGCGCCCUGGUGGAGCGGAGGGUCCUGGCGCUCUCCUCUCGCCCUCACUUCCUCACGUCGCUCUACUGCGCCUUCCAGAGUGAGGAGCGCCUGUAUUACGUGAUGGAAUAUGUCAACGGAGGAGACCUGAUGUUCCACAUUCAGAUAGUUGGCAAGUUCAAAGAGCCUCACGCAGCGUUCUAUGCAGCAGAGAUAGCGGUGGGCCUCUUCUACCUCCACAGCAAAGGCAUCAUCUACAGGGAUCUGAAGCUGGAUAAUGUGCUGCUGGACAGCGAGGGCCACAUAAAGAUAGCCGACUUCGGGAUGUGCAGGGAGGGCAUGUUCGAGGGCGACACCACUCGCACCUUCUGCGGCACCCCUGAUUACAUCGCCCCCGAGAUCGUGGCAUACCAGCCCUAUGAUAAGUCGGUGGACUGGUGGUCUUUUGGAGUGCUGCUGUAUGAAAUGCUGGCAGGACAGCCCCCGUUUGAUGGCAUCGAUGAGGAGGAGCUGUUUCAGUCCAUCAUGGAGCAGAACGUGACCUACCCCAAGACUCUCACCCGUGAAGCUGUUGCCAUCUGCAAGGGACUCCUGACGAAGCACCCUGCGAAGCGUCUGGGCGGAGGAGAGGACGCAGAGAGAGAGAUUAGGGAGCAUCAGUUCUUCCGCUGGAUUGACUGGGACCGUCUGGAGAGACUGGAGAUACCGCCGCCCUUCAAACCCAGAACUGGCGGGAAAAAAGGUGAAAACUUCGACAAGUUCUUCACUGCAGCUCCGUCGGUGCUCACUCCCUCCGACCCGGACAUAAUGGAAGCCAUCAACCAGGAUGACUUCGAAGGCUUCUCCUUCCUCAACCCAGACUUUGCCCCCUCGCCUCUCACCGCUGUUUGAAAAUAGCUCCCACGCCCCUUUUAAAUGUAAUCCCCUUAUUAAAAGUAGUUUUAUAACAGAGAAACUGAAACUCCUCUCAUAUUCAGAUUCUGACGUUUACACAAAACUGCCAAGACACCUUUGUAUCCAUGCACUCUAUUCAAUGUAUGUAUUUCAUCUAGAUAGUCUCAGAAUAUGCAAAGAUAUGCAAUUAUUAUAGAUUACCAUUUUAGAGUUUCUGUUUUUGUAAGACGUCCAUUAACUUGAUAAGACGGCUGUAGUGUGACUGUAGUAUGAUCACAUACUGUACUUCACCUGUAUGCAUGCACUGUUUGUAGAAUGAACUACUAGGAAUAGAUUAUCCAAGAAAGAUAGACAACCAAUUCAUUUUCAACAUUUCCCACUGUUUUGAUGAGCGCCAUCUUGUGUUGUAGAAGCCACACAAAGACAUGGUUCAGCUCCAGGUAGAGGGCAGAACAAGUGUGUCCAUUUUUAAUCAUUUUUCAUUUCAUAAGCAGGCGUUUUCCUGAGAGGUCUGCUCCAGUUUAACAGGGCACAGUAGCUCGGCAUCCAAACCCCUUCAAUAUCUCAAUAUCUCUGAUAGGAGCUGCACGGGUAACAAUGCUCUCCUGUGGAAGCGCUCAGUCAGGUUCCUGUGGCCCGGCUGGACCUCUGGGCUAACGUCACACCAGCGACCUCCUGUGACCCAGUGAGACAGUGAAACAGCUCAGCGGGCACGAUGUGACGGUUAAUGUAGGAAACAGCGCUGCCCUGCAGCCCAGUCACACGCGGCCAGGAGGCGGUCCUCACAUUGCUGCAUCAUUUUUUUCUUGACAGAUUAGUUUUGCCUCGUGUUUUUUUCCAAUUACUCCUCUGCAAAGUAUGGAAUUAGGCCUUGCAAAUUACAGUAUAUGGCCUCCUUUUGAAACCAUGCAUUUGCACUGAAAUAUGUUCUGCUUAUUUGGAAAAUAUGCCUCUGUCUGUAGCUACAGCAGGAGGUUUGUCAUUUUGCACAGGUACAUAGACUUGUGUAUUUUAGUGGUGUAUACCAUGAGGGUUUUUGCUGUGUAAUGACACCAGCAGCAUUGAUUAGGGAGUAAUUAAAAGUGAGACUCGCCGGGACUGUUCAAUACAUGGAAAAAUAAUAGCAGCAGUGUCAUUAAACCCUAUCUGGGCAGGGCAGGUGGCAGCAAACGUACAGUUUAAUAAUCCCAUUACAGAGCUCUUAUCUCACAAAGCAGACGGUCAUUUCAAACACAAAUCUGCUUCUCUAUGACUUUUUUUUUUCUGUGAAGGUAAAAAUAUCCAUUUAGCAAUUUCUCAUCCCGAGGAGAAGAAUCCUGCUUUUUAUUUGUUUAAGUGCUGAUGUCAAUGCGCCCUGUAACUGGUGAGAGCGGUCCAUCUCUUCGCCCUAGCUGUGUUUUACCCACUGACGUAACAACAUGACAUCUACAGUAGAUAUUUCAAUCAAUGAUAGAUAAGCAAUAGAUCAUUUAUGUAUAUUUGUUGGUUGAGUUCAUUUCUGUUUUUUCGUGCUGGAAAAAAGAACGUUGAAAUAAAGACCCGGGGGAAAUGAAAGUCAUGAAACGA